ACUGUAGUACCUGUCGUCCAUUUCUUUUUCUUUAUUCUUUUGUUAGCGGAAGUCGCCCAUUUACAUAUGUAGUCCACCGCUUUAAACGGCAACGGAGAAAAACUAUCACAAAAUAUCCCACACGUUUAAAGACUCCUAUAAUUCAAACUAGAGCGAGACAGAGACACACUGAGACAGAGAGGGGAGAGGAAAGGAGAGAGAGCAAAGCAGAGCACCAUAAAACCACCUCUCCAACCUCUCCCAUUUCCAUAAAAAAAAUAUAUUAUCUCAAUCCAUUACAAAAAAAAAAAAAACAAUGGCGGAAGACGGCGGGAUGAAGAAGAAGCUGAUCACCUCCGACGAGCUGAAGAAGCACAACAAGCCCGACGACCUCUGGCUCUCGAUCCAAGGCAAGGUCUACGACGUCACCGAUUGGGCUAAAACCCACCCCGGCGGCGCCACCCCCCUCCUCAACCUCGCCGGCAACGACGUCACCGACGCCUUCAUCGCCUUCCACCCGGCCUCCGCCUGGCGCCACCUCGACCGCUUCUCCACCGGCUACCACCUCGCCGACUCCCACGUCUCCGCCGUCUCCAAGGACUACCGCAACCUCGCCGCCGCAUUCGCCCGUUCCGGCCUCUUCGACGACAAAGGCCACGGCGUCCUCCUCUCCCUCCUCUCCAUCUCCGCUAUCCUCUCCGCCGUCGUCUGCGGCGUCCUCCGCAGCGACAGCCCCCUCGUCCACGCCCUCUCCGGCGCCCUCCUCGGCCUCGCCUGGAUGCUGAUCGCCUACCUCGGGCACGAUUCCGGCCACUACAACAUCAUGCCCAAUUCCUCCCUGAACAAGGUCGCGCAGAUCCUCACCGGCAACUGCCUCACCGGCAUCAGCAUCGCGUGGUGGAAGUGGACCCACAACGCGCACCACGUGGCCUGCAACAGCCUCGACUACGACCCCGACCUCCAGCACCUCCCCAUGCUCGCCGUCUCCUCGAAGCUCUUCCACUCUCUCACAUCCCGCUUCUACGACCGCCGCCUCACCUUCGACUCCCUCUCUAGAUUCUUCGUCAGCUACCAGCACUUCACCUUCUACCCCGUGAUGUGCGUCGCCAGAGUCAAUCUCUACCUCCAGACAUUCCUCCUCCUCUUCUCCAACCGCGGCCUUCACGUUCCCAACAGAGCUAUUAACAUCCUGGGGAUCGCCGUCUUCUGGACGUGGUUCCCUCUCCUCGUAUCCUGCCUGCCUAGCUGGACCGAGAGGGCCGUCUUCGUGCUCGCCAGCUUCUGCGUCUGCGCGAUCCAGCACGUGCAGUUCUGCCUCAACCAUUUUGCGGCGAGUGUGUACGUGGGGGCGCCGCAGGGGAACGACUGGUUCGAGAAGCAGACGAGCGGGACCAUCGACAUCUCGUGCUCGGCAAAAAUGGACUGGUUUUUCGGGGGUCUGCAGUUUCAGCUGGAGCAUCAUCUGUUUCCGAGGCUGCCGAGGUGCCAUUUGAGGAAGAUAUCGCCGUUGGUGAGGGAGCUCUGUGAGAAGCAUGGGCUGCCUUAUGUGAGCCUCUCUUUCGUCGAAGCCAAUAGGUGGACUCUUAGGACUCUCCGAACUGCGGCGUUGGAGGCCAGGGAGAUGGCGGAUCCUGCUUCCAAGAAUUUGAUAUGGGAAGCUGUCAAUACUCAUGGUUGAUUUCAUUCCAUUCUCACUUGCUUCGUCGAUUCAUAUAUAUUUUUUUGUUUUUUUUCCAGCUGAUUUUCUCAGCAGGAAACGAGGCGUUUUGUAGCUUAUUUUUAGAGAUAUGAUUUAUCAUUUAUCAAAGGAGGAGAUAUACAUUCUUGAUCGUGAUGUUUUUUA